AUGGACGAUGACCACUUGCCUUCCAGUCCCCAUAUGGACCUUAAUCGUCUCCCCCACCACUUUGAUAAUGACGCAUAUUCCGAAUUCUUAGAUGCAAAUCAGCAGUAUCGCACUAUCGAUCCUGCGGCGGCGGCAGCAGCUUCAGUAGAUCCUUUUCUUCGCAACGAUUCAUGCCUGGACCCCCAAGGAUCGAUCGUCUCUGCCGACGCUUUCAAGACACUCAAGUCUCUGAAAGGUUUCUCGCCGAGAUUGCCACCGCCAACGAAUUUCACCAUGACAGCUUUUUCGGACCACGCCGCUAAAGCACACCCGCAAGACCGCCAUGGCCAUACUAGUCAGGAUCUUUCUUUUCCAGAUUCUGAGGUCGCCUUUCCCAACUGGGACAACAGCUAUUUCAUAAAUGCGAUUUCCGACCCUCGUUCCUUUUGGUCUGGUAAUAAGUCACAGGAUCAACCAACCAGCUCAAAGGUGGAUUGCGAUGAGGACUGUGUAUCAGUGGUGUCGUGCACAUCUCGCUGUGGUAUAAGUUGCCCAAGCCAAUGCGGAGACACAGGCCAUGGAGUGUGCUGUGAUGAUGACGCAUGCAGUGAAGCAUGUGAAGACAGUCAGGAUCUCUGCCUCGAUGAGGCGUGCGAGGAUGCUGCUACGCCCUGUACAGAUGCGAAAUGUUCAAGCCUUGCUAAGCUGGACCAUUUUCCUAACGAAGCCAUGUCAGAUGGUGACAAGGAAGCAGCAGCAGCUCUCGCUUCUAUAGGGGACACUCACCCGGCAUUGAUACAAGACGGCUUCCAGCACUUUCAUCCAGAUACAGAUUUUGGAUCCCAUUCUUGCUUUGCAGGGUCGACCUGCAGCCAUGCGCUGCCGCAGGAAUAUUCGCCAACAGCCGCCGGCGACGAUAGCCUUGAGCAGAUUUGGGAAUAUCUGCACCAAGAGAACCCUCUAGCAACGCAUAUUCUCCAAUACCACGACCCUCGGAAUACUCGAGAUCAUGUUCGUCCAUGUAUAGCUGACCAUCCCGACCUAGCUAUCCCGAAAUGUACCCUUCCUAGAGCUGUCAAUGGCGGUAUCCUAAGCCAUGGGUUUUCACACAAUGCAGACGACUUUACAUGUGGCUUCGAGGUCAACACAGUCGACCAGUUUGCCAACCAUAUAUUUGAAGACCACUGGCAAAUGCAUAUGUUGAAUUUGGAUCCGUUUGGCCUACCCCAGACAACACAGGUAGAAGACCGGUUUUCUCUGGCCCCAAGCCGCUCGAGCAUCUCGUCUUAUUCUUUCAACACAGCUUCAACAAGUGGACUGCAGUUUUCUCCAUCAGAUAUUUCUAUACAAAAUAUGUCUGCGCUUUCAUCAAUUGCUCCUUCUCCGACAUCACGGGCAACCACUCCCCUCGCACAGCCAGAGGAACUAACUUUUGAGGCAAAAUCAACCGAAACAGCGCCAGUUUCGGUCACAGCUGCAGACGCAGAGACUGCUGUCGAUUGUAUCUGCCAGUGGAAGAUGGCUGGUGACAAAAUCUGUGGAAUGCGGUUUAAGGAUGCAAGCGACUUGCAUACACACACAAAGAACGAUCACUUAAAGGACAUGACACGACAACGUCCGGGGUUUCGCUGUCAAUGGAAUGACUGCACCAGGACAAAUGUUUUUGGUCAAAAGAGCAAGCUGGAACGCCAUAUCCAAACUCACACAGGAUACAAACCUGUUACAUGCUCCGUCUGCGGCCUGCAUCUCUCCGCAAAGCAGUCUCUCGAUCAACACAUGAGGACACACACUGGCGAAAAGCCUUGGAAGUGCUCGUAUCCAGAUUGUGAACAUGCUUUUAAACAACAAAGCGCACUUAGUAAGUCAUCCUAG